UUGUAGAAACACAUCAUAUUUAUACUUAAUUAUCUUUUUUUACAAAAUGAAAUUAAUCUACUCGUUUAAUGAAUAUAACCUAUAAAUACUAACUAGUAUACAUUUUGUGAGUAAAAUUAACAAUAUGAAGAGGGCAUACGAAUUUUGCAAUCUACAAGAAGUUGCUUUAGUAGAUCAAAAUUCGUCACCUGGUGGCUUGAAGCUAGUAAAUCCUACAAAAGUCUCAAAAAAGACUCAUAAUGAUAUCGUUGAAUUAGCAAUGGAAAUACAAAGAGCUGAUAAUUUUGUGUAUGCAUCUGCUUGUAAUAAAUUACAAGUUAUAGCAAAACAGGUUCGUUUUUUGAAAGAGCAAGCAAGGAAAGUACUGAAUGAAACAAAAGAUAAUACAGAAUUACAUCACACAGCUUGUAAUUUUGUAAAAGUUCCUGGAAGUACUUAUCAUUUAUAUAUGAGGCCCAUUAACCAAAAAUACUUUAGUAUGUUAUCACCAGAAGAAUGGAACAGUCCACAUGAGUUUUUAGGUAGUUUUAGACUAGAAAUGGACCAAUCCUGGACUGCAAUUGCAGAAAUAGAAAGGAAGAAUAGUGAAUUGGCUUUCAUUAACAAAUGUCUCUACUCACAAAAUAAUAAUUGUGAGGUUUUACAGGAAACUCCAAUGGACCUACACUAGUCAAAAUUAGAAACAAAAAUAUGAGGGGUAAAUAUGAAAGGAAGUAUAGAAGAAGGCACUUUGAAUAGCAAUCCAAAAUCAUGUUAAAACAACUUGGGCACAUUUUAUAUUUAGUAACAAUCAUAUGCACCAGAUGCCUCAUUUUCUAAGUGCCACAUCUAUUUACUGUAACUAGUUUUAUAUUUAUAUCACAUAUGCUAUUCUAUCAUGUGACAAUUAAUAAUUUAUGACCUAAAAAAGAAAUUUUGUUU